AUUCGAUGGAAAUAUAUUUCUCAUUUUAGCAUGCGUGCAUUUAUUUCAUGCUUGUUCAUUCCAUAUGGGUGCUUCCUUGACACCCAUUAUAUAAUACAGGCAAGCUUCCUGCUCUGGAAUUCACAUUUAUGUACUUGUCUGGAGGCCCCUGAACAGUCCAGAAACUAGGGGGAUCGGUAUUUCUGAAAGUUGACUCACUUGCUGUAGCUGUUCAAGUACAUAGAGGUGUCAUGGAGGAACCUUUAAGCAGUAAACAAGGAUGCUAAUUUUGAUGCUGGAGAAAUAUACUUACAUGCAAUCAAAACAUAACAGAUCCCCUUUAUAGGAGAACUAAACACAUCCUGUAAACAUAGAGCCCUUGCACAGUCUCCCUCCUCAACCAGAAUUCCCCAAAUCGCUCUGAUCCCCUGUAUCUCAUCAGAAAAGCAAAGUAGUUGGUGGUUGCCAUCUCUGGCUGUGUCGCAUCCUUUCCAUGGCUAUCUUUAGGCAAUCAAGCUUCCAGGAGUAUGUGCACUGAAAGUAUGGAAUAGAUCAGCUUCAGCAAUCAGAUCCACGGACAGGAAACAAUAUGGCUGGACAGGGCUGUCGCAAAGUCCACAGCCUAACUGUAGCUGUUCUGGUCAGAUUCCAUUCCUAGCCAUGGGGGAUCUUGAUACGCAAAAUGUCGAAGAGGAAACUGAUUUUGAAGGAUCAGCCACAAACACAGGUCCAAAAGGUGUUAUCCAAGACUGGAGGAAAUUUAAAUUAAUAAGUGAAGACCAGGAAUCAAUACCUCCAUGCAAAAAAGAAAUCCUACGACAAAUGUCUUCUCCAUACAAACCUCCCAGCAAAGAAGAGAAAGACACAAAGGAAAAACUAAGUCGGAAGAUGAGCAUGCAAGAAUGUGAGUUAAUUAAUGACAAGGAGGAUGAACAGUGUCUAAAGAAAUACCGCAAACAAUAUAUGCAUGAAAUGCAUCAGAGAUUGAGUUUUGGCCCCAAAUAUGGUUAUUUGGUGGAGCUUAGGAGCGGGGAUGAAUUCUUAGAGGCCAUUGAGAAGGAGCGGAAAAACACUACAGUUAUAGUUCACAUAUUUGCAGAUGACAUUAAAGGCUGCGAAGCACUCAAUAAUUGUUUAACAUGUCUUGCUUUAGAGUACCCAACAGUUAAGUUCUGUAAAAUCAAAGCAGCUGAUACUGGGGCUGGAGAAAGGUUCUCCAGUGAUGUUCUGCCCACCUUGUUAGUUUACAAGGCCGGUGAACUCAUAAGCAACUUCAUCAGCGUUACAGAGAAUUUAAAUGAGGAGUUUUUUGCAGUGGAUGUAGAAUCGUUUCUCAAUGAAUAUGGCCUUUUGCCCGAAAAAGACAUGCAGGGCAUAAUCGGAGAUAAUGGGGAAGGAGAUAUCGAAUAGCUUGAACAUCGACCCCAUACACCAGCCAGAUAUCUGAACAGAACUACAGUCACUGUUUCAAUUUUUCAAGUUUCCAGUCUAGGGGGCACAUUUACUUAGCUCGAGUGAAGGAUUAGAAGGAAAAAAACUUUGAAUUUCGAAGUUUUUUUUUUU